CUUGUCAAACCUUUUCCUCGACCUUUGUGCUCCCCGUCAGAGGAUGAAUGACUAUUUCAAACUUUCACGGAUCUUCUGUAGAGCAAUGGUCCCUUAUGGAUCCAAAUAUACUUGAAUGUUUUUCAAGACCAUAAUAGCCUCCUAAGGAAACUUACAGAAAGUUCCAUUGACCCUUAAAGCUUUAUGACCUUCAUUAACCUUUUUUCAAGUCCAACGGGAUACUUUACAAUGACUCAGGAAAACAUGUUUGACAAUUUGAAACCCGCUGAAAUCAAAUCUGCGCUGUUACUAUGACAGCAUGCAGAAGUGACCUUGGGUUUCCUGCCAUUCUUUAAACACUUCCUGCGUGAAACAGGAAGCAACUGCGUUGCCAUGACAACAAUUGGAUGAGUAAGUAGAUUGUCACACGUGUGCAUGAGAACACGCACUUCCUGUUGGAGACUCAACUAUUUCCUCUGAGUCAUUAAAACCAAUUAGACGAGAGCAAGAUGAGUUGCUUCCUUCCCGCCUCUGUAAUUGUGUGUGUUGUGUGUGUGUGGUGUGCCCUGUUGUGGUAGCUGUAUUUGGAUGAGCAUGUCGUCGUUUUGCGUGAAGGAAGGCCCACUGAAAGCAGCCUUGACGUGAUCCCGGUGGACUUAACGUCGCCCUCUGAAGAAAGAAAAAAGUGUGGAUUUGGCUAAGGUUGCUGACUGUAUCAAGACACCGCACACUUCCUUUCCCGGCAGGAAGUUGGGGCAGGAGGAGGCGGAGGUCCUGGGGGGCGUUUGUCGCUGAGGGCGAGGUUCCCACUCAGCACCAUACAAGCUACUUUGGAACCACACAAGAAAGAAAAAGGAGUCUGGUAGGAGGAGUCAGCCAUGUUGCUUCCGCCCCGUUCCGUCUUUCUUCAGCUGUUGGUUUUCACCCUCAGCCUGAUGUCGCUGUCCGCCGCUCCCAAGUUCCGCCCACGCUACUCGGUGCGUCACUCUCCGCUGCCCUUUGAGCGAGCACAGGAAGCCUGUCACCCCCACGGUCUGGCCUCCUUCACCAGACCUCAGGAGCUGGCGCAAGUCCUGGGUGCGAUUGCCGAGUCGCUGACCGCCAGGUCCCCCGCCUUGUGGGUGGGGCUGAAGAAGGCCAAGAACCAGUGUGUGGUCCCCUCGUUGCCCCUCAGAGGCUUUGCGUGGACUCACGGGGGCGAGGACGCGACUGAGACCCACUGGGCCCAUGAGCCGGAACAGACCUGCACCUCAGUUCUGUGUGCGGGACUCGUCGCCCAGUUGAACGGGUCCGCAGUCAACAGCUGGGGGCUGGUACCACUCAGCUGCAAGACCAAGAACCACUUCAUAUGCAACCUGGAGUUAGAUGAUCGAGGACUUGCAGGACCUGAACUUGCUAGUCCUGAGCCUGCCACACUUCAACCUCCUGGAGCAGAAACAGCUGAACCAGAAUCUGCAAGACCUCAUCUUCCUGGAGCCAAAGUAACAGGACCAGAAUUUGCUCGACCAGAACUCUCUGAGCAAAAACCAGAAAUACCAGUGCGACCGACACUUGUGCCUGUUGGACCAGAAAGGGUUGGACCUGAAUCUGCUACUCCUGAACCAUCUCAGCAAGAACCACAGCAACCAAAACCUGAACCUGCCAGACCGGAACUUGUUGGACCUGAAUCUACUCGACCUGCACCUGCUGAACAUGAACUAAAAGAACAAGAUAGAAGACCUGAUGAGCCAGGCCUUGACACUGGUCCAGAAUCAGAGUCUGGCCCAUGCCCCCGACCUGUGGUGACCGGAGCUCGUUUCCUCAGUCUGGACCCUGACAACAGUAGCAGGAUUCAAGUGGACUGCUGGUCCAAAGUCCGUUUGGGUUUGCACUGCUGGGGUCGGGCCGGAGUGUGGCGUCUGCCGGGUGGCGCCCCCGCCAACCUGAGCACCGUGUGCACCCCAUGCGGGACUGGCUACCACAAGGACACCAUGGGGGACUGCGUGGAUGUAGACGAGUGCUCGGGUGUGCAUGGGUGCCGCCAUGAAUGUAUGAACACGGCAGGCUCUUUCUCGUGCGUGUGCCCCAAGAACGAGACGGCGUGCGAACCCAGCGAGAGCGACGCCCCCAGGCCCUUCUCGGGGGCGCUGGUGCUGGCCCUGGUGGGGGCGGCGGUAGUGCUGCUGGUUCUGGUGCUCGUUGCAUUGUUGACCAUUUGGUGCUGCCUCAGAAGACAACGCCAGAAAAAGCAGGAGACGGAGCAAAGAGACAAGCUGGCCACAUGAGUGUUGAUGUUGUAUUUAUGUAGCUGGGAUGGAUUUUUGGCUAGUUGAUCACGUCAUUGUUGCGAUAGUGUUUUUUUUUUUAUGACACAUGCGGUUUCACAAACAGGAAGACACACACGCACACACGCACACGACUUGAUUACAUUUUUAACACAAUCAUAAUAAUAUUGAAACAUGUUCUAUCAAAAUAUGGCCACAAAAAAUAUUUGAAAAUGUAUAUGUAAAAAUAAAACUUUUUUUAAAAUGA